UUGGAGUUAAUGGAGUCAGAAGUACCCCCAGAGUCAGAGAGUUCAGAAAAAUUAAUAUUUUCCUCACCGCAAGAAGAAGAGGAAGAAGAUGAUAGUGAAGAAGAAGAAGAAUCCAAAGAAGCAGAGGAAACUGCCACCAUUAACCCCCUCUUACCACCUGCUCUCACAGGGGAUGUAGAAGGUUUGCAAAAGAUUUUUGAGGAUCCUGAGAACUCUCACCAUGAGCAGGCCAUGCAGCUACUCUUGGAGGAAGACAUCGUUGGGAGAAAUUUGUUGUAUGCAGCUUGCAUGGCUGGGCAAAGUGAUGUGAUUAGAGCUUUGGCCAAAUAUGGUGUGAAUCUGAAUGAGAAAACCACCAGAGGUUAUACACUCUUACACUGUGCUGCAGCCUGGGGUCGAUUGGAAACUUUGAAAGCACUGGUGGAACUGGAUGUUGAUAUAGAGGCUCUGAACUUCCGGAAGGAGAGAGCUCGAGAUGUUGCUGUUCGAUAUUCCCAGACUAAGUGUGUUGAGUUCCUGGAUUGGGCAGAAGCAAGGCUGGCACUGAAAAAAUAUAUUGCAAAGGUCUCUGCAACUGUUACAGAUUCAGAAAAGGGACCAGGGAAGCUUUAUAAGGAAGACAAGAAUAUCCUCCUCAAUGCAUGCCGUAUAAAAAAUGAAUGGUUGGAAACCCAUUUGGAAGCUUCCAUUAAUGAGCUCUUUGAGCAGAAACAGCAAUUGGAAGAUAUUGUGACUCCUAUCUUCACGAAAAUGGCUACACCACGUUAUUCACAUACUUCUGCACCCCCAUCCUUAACCAAUAGGACUCAACUUUGA